AUGGCAAACGUUAUUGUACAUUUCCUUUUAGUGUUAUUUAUCCUCAUUGUCGCACAAUGUUCGAAGGAUCUUGAUCGUGUUUGCAAUGCCUGCAGUCUGAUAGUCUUCAACGUCGAUCAGGGUUUGCAAGACAGAUUUCUGGAGGAUGAUCGCGAGCUGAAGAUGAAGAUGGUUAGAAGCGACACAGAGUGCUUUGUAGAAUGUUCGGUAGAUUGUCGAUGCAUGUCGUUCAGUGUUUGUGGGAAUUCGUGUCGCUUGAAUGCCGGCAGUCGAAGUUUGGUGCGAAAUUCAUUACAUCAUAAACCAGGGUGUCGUUACUAUGAUUUUCCUGCUUUUAAGGUAGGUCUAUGAAGUUAUUUACUGAUCGUAGCAGAAUGCUGGAUGAACAUUGUUGACGAUAAAAUUGCGUCUAUAUAUACGUACCGAGCUGGGCUCCCUAUAUAAGCGAGAUCCCGCAUCGACUAACCAAAGAUCUUGCUAAAGCCGUGCCCGGAAUUAGUGUCCAUGUUAAGCAAUGACCCGAGCUGACUCACCUAUGCUAGCACUCUGGCUGAAUAUUAAUGCUUCGUACCUUAUUCUAUAACUUUGUAAAUUCUUUUCUAACUUAAAAAAGUCCCCAAGAGUUUUUGUGAGUAUACCUCGACCUGCAUGGUACUUCGUUUUGGGGUGCUUUACGGACAAUUGACAAACACAAAACGCGACUAAGCAAUCUGUAUUAAAUAGUACCGAUUUCCAAUCACCUUUCUUUAACCGUAUAAUCAAACCCUGGAAUAGCGUGUGUAUAAGGAUGUUGAUCCUGACACUUUCUCCAGUCUCACUACUUUUACAACCUUUCCUUAAGCGUAACUAAUUUCAUCUUAUUCAGACGGUCUUGAUGAUGAUUUGUCCUGUACGUGGUCCUUAGCACGCGACUGUCUUUGCCACGGACAUAUAUAGUUGCCAGUUUGUAUGUCUUAUUUGUCUUUCUGCACACUUCCUAUAUCAUAUCCUUUCUCUUUCUUAAUUCAUUCUUCCAUUUAAGAAUUUUUAAUAUAUACUAAAAUGUGUAUCAAUUAAGUACAUAAAAUCUAAAUUCUUGGCAGGUGCUUUGCAUGCAUGGGUCUUUUUUCAUACCUUUCCUUUUUGGAUCUUCGAUUUAUAAGUUAUUAUUUCUUAUAUAAUAUUAUAUUGUAUAUGCAUUAUUGAUCCAAAUAAAUUUGUGAAAACAAGAUUGAACUAACUGUAUAAAAUAUUAUACUGUAUAGUUAUAAAGGAUUCAGACAGCUCGAGAUUAAAAAUAAAACCAAAUUUCUCUCCGAAAACGCCGGAAAUGGUCAUUGGUAAACCCACAGCCAGUUCUCCUAACUGAAAUGGCCAGAUCUACAUUCGUCUUAUUAUAUAAAUGUUGGAAAAAACUACAAUCAGUGACAUUGAAAUUUGGGACACUUGUAUAGAAAAGGUAUUUUUGUACACAAUUCUGCAAAAUUCACUUAUAACCCCCCUUCCCCCGUUUCAAUGUUGCUCUAUCGGGCAGAAUAAGUAUCGACAGCAUUAUACAAGACACUACUAUGUAACUAGAAAAUGAAUGUAAGACCGACCAACAUUGAAAAGGGGGAAGGGGGGGGGAAUUUUCCCUUUUCAAGCUAAUCGGUCCAAUAAUUGUGUCAAUGAUUGUAGUUUAACUUCAUUUGUUUUUCUUUUAACAGAGCUCCUGCGACCCCUUACAAAGACCACCAGCUAUUUGCUGUUUGCCCUCGUCUCCUCUUUGUUUCAAUGGGGGUACGUGUGUCGUCAACGUCACGGACACCACGAGAAGAUUCAAAUGUAACUGCGCAACUGGUUACUAUGGAAACCAAUGCCAAGUCCAGAAACCAAGAACAUGCCUGGACUAUUGGAAUGACAAAGUCAAACCGAUAUCUGGAGAGUAUACCAUAGUCAACUCAACUGGAACAUCAUACCAAGUCUUUUGCGAUUUCGACUCCGAAACAGACAUGGCGUGGACGCUUUUUGAGUCGUUUGAUGUGGCGCAUGAAACUGAGCUGAGCAAGAAGUCAUUCGCUGAAGAUCUUCCGUUGAAUGAACAUCGUCUAAACUGGCAACGUUUUCGCCUACCGAAAUUUGUGAUGACCUGCAUCUCAUCUUAUUCGACAUUUUGGCGCGCAACAUGUUCGUAUGCAAAGUAUGGCGUAAAUUUCAGAGAUUACAUCAGAAUGCGAUUAUCCGUAAUGAAUCCGUUAAAUUUUACUGGCUAUUUCUCCUCAGAGAAGAACCUUUGUUUACCUGUGGAUUAUUUUGAUAUAAAGGGAAAGAAUUGCGAGGGUUGUACGCAGUUGUUCUUUCAAAGCACCGGCAUUGCUCUUCAUCUUAAGCCAAGGACUAGCCGUAUUAUACGAAAUUGUAGUUUUGACUCAUCAAGCGUGGAGUAUAAAUGCAAAGAUAAGAAUGGAUAUUAUGCGCACAUUUUGGGAUUUUAUUUAGCGAAUUGUGCGGAUCCAGAAAUGAGGUGCAGCGAAAAUGCAAACUCUACAACCGAAUUUUGGUUUGGAGCUGAAAGGAAGGUUUAG